GGGACACCUCGGGGACACCCCCGGGUUUAUCGCGACAGAAGCGACAGCGGCGACAGCGGCGACAUGGCCGGGCUGGGGCUGGGAGCGGGGCUGCGGCUGCUGCGGCGGAUCCCGCCCGGAUUUGGGGGGUCCCGGCUGCAGAGCAGGCACGAGGCGCAGGCCGUGCUCCCCAAAACUGGAACUGCCACGGCCACAGCAGCCCCCCAGAAAUCCCAGGGUGGCCUCGAGGAAUCCAAAUCCUUCGCUGUGGGGAUGUUUUUGGGGCGCCUGAACGCCGAGCAGGUGUUCCCCUACCCCUCAGUCCUGACCGAGGAACAAGAGCAAACCCUGCAGGAGCUCGUGGGUCCCGUCAGUCGCUUCUUUGAGGAAGUGAACAACCCCGCCAAAAACGACGCCCUGGAGAAGGUGGAGGACGAGACCAUGAAAGGGUUAAAGGAGUUGGGGGCCUUUGGGCUCCAGGUGCCCCCCGAAUUUGGGGGGCUGGGGCUCAACAACACCCAGGUGAGACCCCCCCCCAAAUUGGGGAGCCCCAAAAUCCCCUCCCAGUAACUCCCAGUAACUCCCAGUGCUCCCAAUUCUGUUCAAAGUCCCCCAAAUCUCCUCAAAUCCACCCCAAAUCCUCCCUAAAUCCCCCCAAAAUUCCCUUGGGACCCCCAAGAUUUCCAUCC